UUCAACAGUCUUUACUGCAGCAUGGAUUACAUUGCAAACCAAUUGGGACUGCCUACAGAGUUUCUAGCAAUUUGCUCAUGUCUUGUGUCGUCCUUUCCACUUGCACUGUUAUACAAUCACAUUCCAAAAUCUAAUCCCAUACUCCGCCACUGGUUCUGUUUUCUAUCAACAUCCUCCAUCAUUAUAUUACUAUUCGGAGUUACAUCAUAUUUGAAUGUAUUGGUGCCUACUCUCAUUACAUAUGGACUAACCAGUAUUGCUGGUGGAGAUCGACUGGUGCCCAUUCUUGUGUCUGUUGGAGUGAUUGUUCAACUCUUCAUCCUGCAUGUGCAAAUACAACUUUUACACGCCAAUGAUCUUACUUAUGUAAAUAUAUCUACUCCAAUGAUGGUCAUGGCAAUCAAGCUUUCAUUAUUUGCGUGGUCAGUUUAUGACGGAACUCGCUCUACAAAGGAUUUGGACUCGGAUAUGGUGCCGUUUGCAAUCAAGGAGAUGCCAGAUUUGAUUGAAUAUCUCGGAUUUAUUUUUUACUUUGCAACCUUUUGGGUUGGGCCAGCAUUUGAUUAUCAGUACUAUUACGAAUGGGGAGCAUCUGCACUGUUCAAUGGACCAUUUUUUACAAAUUACACGGGUGCAUAUCGCAGAAUUCCGAGUACUAAAAUGGCAUCCAUCAAGGUACUCAUACUAGGAACUUUGAUUUUGUCUGCGUUUUUGACUUUGGAUUCAAUUCGAAGUCCAGCAUUCUAUAGAUCCCCUACUGGAUUCGUUAAAGAAAAGGGCUUUUGGUGGAGAGUCUUUCUAAUUCAAGUAGCAGGACUUUCUACUCGUGCAAAACUUUGUGCUGCAUGGAAAAUUUCUGAAGCUGCUGGAAUUCUAACUGGUCUUGGAUACAGAGGUGUUGAUUCUAUAACAAAAAAACCAAUGUUUGAUCUUUUGGAAAACAUAAAUGUGAGGCAGGUGGAGCUUGGUCAGUGCCCAAAAGGAAUCAUUGAUGGGUGGAAUAUCAAAACAUCAAACUGGCUUAAGCGAUGCGUCUACUUGCGUGCUACUACUCCCGGAUCAAAAUCUACUAGCGUUGCAACAGGACUCACCAAUCUCAUAUCCGCCAUGUGGCAUGGAUUCCAUGCUGGUUACUAUUUGUCAUUCCUUUCUGCAACACUAUGGAUCAUCGUUGGUCGAAUAACUAGAAGAUAUUUUCGUCCAUUUUUUGUCUUGUCCGACUCGCCACUCAAGUUUUACAAACCAGUAUACGAUCUGCUUGGAUUCAUCUUUACCAUGUCUACUCUCAACUACAUAUUUAUGCCAUUUAUUGUUUGGCACGCCAGUUCAUCACUUUACAUCUGGACAUCCGUACUGUUCUUGGGCCACGUGUUUCUAUUAUCCAUAUAUGUGUUGUUAGAGACAUUGGGUGGUGGAUGGUAUUUGCAGCACAUAGUAUUACCAUACGUUAUUGGCUCUGAAGCAGCGGCUACUGCUCGUGGUGAAAUAACUAUGGACUUUGCACAGAAAAAAUCGAUCCAAGGCUUACAUAGGAAACUUGAUUGA